AUGAAUGACAAAGAGUGGUGGCAGGCACAUAUAUUAAAAGCUGCCACUGCUGCGCUUUCUACAAUAUCAAAAAUCUACAUAGGAUGCCCCGUGUAUGUUGAUCCAAUUUUUUACUUUUUCUUGAAGUAUGUAAAAGAUCUUGCAAAACUUGACAAACUAGACAUCUUUCCAUUGGCAAAUAUAAUGCAGACAAAGCGUGAUAAUGACAUGGUAAUCGUUUUAGGAUCACCCGGCGACAUUUUAACGUACACAAAUAACAUUUCACAAAAAGCCGAAAUUAUCUUUCUUACAGUACCAAUUCCUUCUAUCUCUUUCAAAUUUAAUAUUAUGGCACAACCAUUUAAUCCAAUUAAAUACGAUGGUUGGCCAUUCCCAUUCGUUCCGAGAAAGAAAUGUCUUCUAAUGCCAAUUGGAACGUUCACAGACUUUUACUUAUCCAAUCAAGCAUAUCAGACAAAGGCUCUUAAAGCAGGAUUAGCCAUUUUAGCUCAUAUUUUCGGAGGGUUUAAUCGAGUUUACGGAAUUGGCACUUUAUCAUCGAAAGUAGCCUCAGGAUUCCUUGAUGCCAUGCCACCUAAUAUCGAAAGAUGCAAUAACAACCUUAUUUUACUUGACAGAACUUUAGAUCUUUUGACACAACUCAGAUUUAACGAAACAUACAUUGGAUUCAUGGAAGAACUUAUUCCAUUUGACGAAUUCGACCUAGAAAUUACUCCUCCUCAGCAAAUGCAAGUAUUUAAUCGAAGAACUCCAGCUACAACAAAUGAUGACGAUUUAUUUGAAGAUAUAGCAGUCAGAACUAUUCCAGAAGUCAGAAGAAGACUUAAUGUGAUGGGUAUAAGCAAUUCCCUUGCGAAUGACAUCAAAAAUACCCAUACAGAUUUACUUAAUAAAAUGGAACAACUUUUCAAAGAGAAUUAUCCGAAAGCUUUACUCUUCGAGACCCAGAAUGGCCUUGUAAGUGAUCCAUUCACUCAAUCAAGAAUCCUGGCUUUGGAUAAAGACUCUUAUGAACUGGCUUUCAGAGCUCUCACAAUUUUACGAUCGAAAGGUGACAAAACCGCCGAAAAUUACGCCAGGUUCCUCGGCCAAGCCCUUGGAGUACAAUCCGUUGCCAGAUGGACACGCAUUGAUGAAUUUUUGACAACAGCUGUAUCUGUCUCACUCCCAACAAAGGCCAAAGCUUAUUGCGCUGAAGUUGGCGCGUUAGCUGCAAUAUUCGCAACGAUUAUCACCGACGAAUGGAAGAGAUCGAAGUUCCCCGUAUCGCCAAACUACAUAUCUACACAGACUCCAGUAAUGAAUGAGCCACAGAGAUGGUUCGUUGUGAUUCCUGGAGGAUUAUGUGCGGCCGAACUUGCCGCCAUGAGAGUUUUGGCAAGAAACAUUAGACCUACGGACCAGUUCGUGUUCAUCCCAACUAAUAUGCAGUCUCCUUCGGGUUUAAUGAGCGAAAUUAUAAGAAAAUGA